AUGGCUGAUGAGUCAGAAGUGGUUGGGCUGCCUCCGGAUGUGGAAAGUUCGGCAUCAGAAAAGGAGGAGUCAGAUGUAGAGCUCCCGGAAAGCAUGCUUGCAGCCGACUGUUGCAAGAAAAAAUGCAUUGAUGCGGUGAGGGCUUCCCCGUUCUUGUGCCAAUGUCAAUCCAGGCUGCAAGCGAGUGUGGAUCGCCUGGAUCUUCCGGGCAGGAAUACCCUUUGGUUCAACCAAAUGCAGUCGAUGCACUCACAUGGAACUCGAACUUUGUCUUGGCAUGGGAUUAGCUUGCGCCAUGCAGCCUACAGCAUGGUGAGCCUAUGCCCUAAGAAGAAGAUCAGCAAGUUUUUGAAGGCCAUUUCCCUUGGCGCAGUGCGAGCUCCGGUGGAUGGUCGCUCCUUGAACAUUGCCAAACCGAAGCCCAAAAGGGAUGACUGCAAUGUGUUCUUCUCAUUUCUCUAUGAGAAUUUGUCUGAACCUCUGGCCUUGGCCCGAGACCAAGUAGAGGACGAAGAGGUGGCAGAAGAGGAAAGCUACAAUGUUGAGCGCAUUGAGGCCCCACAAUGGCUCUUGGAACAAGAUUUUCUGGAAGUGCCAAUAGAACUUGGCCAUGUCGCUGCAGGCAGUGCUGACAAGCGUCUAGUGGAGAAGCGGUGGUUGCCGACAAUGAGCCUCGCUGAAAUUUAUGACCUGUACAAGGACAUGCGUUGCGACCAUGCUGAGUUGUCAUCCUGGAGCUCUUUUUCCAGGGCAUGGAAAGACUGGCAGCAAAUCAUUGCCAUUCGCCCUGCUCAAGUUCAUGCUCGCUGUGAUGACUGCGCCAAAUACGCAAAGUACCGGCAGCUGCAUUGCGACAAUGAAGCUGAUUUGAAGGCUGUGACGAACGCCUACAACAAGCACAUCAAGGAAGUCUUUGCCGACAGGCAUGUCAUGACUCUGCUGGAAAACAAAGUCGAGCAAAGCAUGAAGCAGGGAGAGCAAGAACUACCGCAUUUGGUUUUGGUGAUUGAUGGGAUGGACAAGAGCAAGUGGUUAUUACCAAAACUCGUUGAGAACACCAAGAGAAUGUCCAUGCUUCGGCGGCCAUCUUUGCAUCUUGUUGGCGUGAUGAUCCCUGGAGUUCUGGAAUUCAUGGCGAUUCUUGAGCCAGAUGUGAAGGGCGAUUCAGAUUGUCAACAGACAUUGAUCUGCAGAGCUAUUCAACUUGCAGAGGAGCAACUUUUGCGCAGCGGUCGGUCUUUGCCAGGAAGACUUGUCAUUCAGUUUGACAAUACGAGCAAAGAGGGUAGAAACAGUCAAAUGCUCCUUUGGUCAUCGAUGAUGAUCAAAAUGAAAAGGUUCACAGACAUCGCAUUUGGACUGAUGCGUGUAGGACACACGCACAACCGCUUGGAUCAGCGGUUCGGUGUGAUUUCCGCCCUUCUUCGUCGUGCGUCUUGCUUGGAAACGGCUGAGGACUAUCAAGCCUACAUCCUUGAGCAUUACAAGCCUGCUCGAGGUCUGCCAUUGAUCUGUGAGGUCAUCACGGCGUGCCAUUGUUGGCGGGAUCUCAUGGCCCCCUUGGAGACGGCCUUCACUGGAAUCACCGGAAGCAAGACUACUGCAGACGCAGCCCAUGUGAUGCGAGUGGUGGCCAGGAAGGACGUUGCUCAUUGCGUGCCAGGGUGUGUUGCUGAAGAGGGCGAUGAUUUCGAUCCUGUUUUGUUGGCCAAGCACUGGUUGUGUUCAAAGGUGUUGUCACAGCCACCGACUGUGCAGUUAGAAGGGAAAGCGAAGGUAGAUUUGUCUUUGCUUCGCACCAUGCCGGCCCCGCGCGCAUGGCUCACAGAUGAGUCGCUCAAGAAGUAUGCGAAGACAGCAGAGGAGGUGUUGCAAAAGCCUUGGCAGUUGCAUGCCGCUUUCUCUUACUUUCAGGAUUGGUUGCGCAGAAACGGAGAACAGAUACCUGGUAAGCUCCCGGACAUCGAAUGCAUCAUCAAUGGCAGGGACUUUUUGGAGCCUACCGGUCCUGAGGUGACUGCAACUUGGAAAGACUUUGCUCCAGAAGGAGCGCUGGCCAUUCGAGAAGUGCCACCGUUCCAAGAUACGCAGAUCCGAGAUUUGACCCAGAAACUCGGCUUUGACUGCCAGGGCUCGAUCACUCCUAGCAGCGAUGAUGGUGCUCCAGGGGUUUUUGCCUCCUUCCGCCGGUGCUACAGGACGAGGCGGUCUUGCUAUUGCAAAGAUCCGAGCGGAGGCGGCUCGGGGGAUCCCCACAUCCAAUCGUUGCGCGGUGCUCACUAUAGCCUCUUGAAGGAAGGCACCUUCCUUGCAUGGAGCUUUUCCAAAGCGCCAGUCGAGUGGCAGCUCUAUGCCCACUACGCAGGUUCAACAUUCACCACCCAAGGGCUCUUGCUCUUGGACAAGAGUCUUGGACGUCGCAUGGAAAUGACCGCGGAGGAUUGUCAAUGGCGCAGCCAUCACGGGGAGAAGUGGCAUGCUGUCUCUGGUGGACUGGAGCUCCCUUGGAAGGUGCAAACAACUAACCUGACAACUCCCGACCUCGUGGUGAUGGGCUCCGAAAUCAGUUUCAGCAUGGAAGGUCCCCAAGGUCAGCGCAAGGUGGCCCGUCUCCUGUCCCACUGCACCCCUCAUGAUCAUUUGGACUUCAAGCUCACCAUGUACAAGAAGGAAGACAUUGACUACGUGGAUGGUGAACUUGGAGUUGACCCGCAAGUCUGGAACAAGUCCUCCCUCUUCUACUCCAAAAGCAGCCAAAUGCAGAUGCGAAACGAUCUCGAGUUUGAGGCGUCCGAAACUUGGGCCAACUUGGGUGGCAGUGAGGCUGCAGCGGAAUAUUUGAAGAAGAAACAGCAGGAGCAGGCCGGGGCUUCUUUGGUGCUACGUAAAGACUGCGCCACUGAAUCUGAGAUUCGGGCAGCCACCAAGAUCUGCGCCAAGUACUUGAAGAAAAGCCUCAACGAGGACGUCUUUGCCGACUGCGUCUUCGACGUUUGCCAUGGCGGAGGCGAGGCGGAGGCGGAACGUGCCGCUUUGCUUAUUUCAGGUUAG